AUGAAAUUCAUUCCAAAAUCCCAACGCCAAGCAAUGUAUUGUCAUUCCAUGCCAGGAACCUCAGCCUUUGAUUUUCGAGUAAUUGUAGGCUCGGCUGACUUGCGAUUCGAACUUUGGGUUGGUGGACGCGAGUGGUUGGGUAACCAUGAGGCCAUCAGCAUGCAAUGGGACGGAGCUAAUAGUAUAAGUUAUAUCGUUCUUCUAGAACUAGGCUGGGUUCUUGAGAAACAGCAACGCAUUAAUCAUGUAAUUGGAAGCUAG